UGUCGUAAUGGGCAGAAAGGCCUGUCUCCAUGCUUUAUGACUCUUUGUUCCACUCCAUUUGAAAAUGAUACAAAUGGCAUGUUCCAUUUGCCCGUAAUGUGUAGUUUGAGGGUUAAUAUGAGAAAUGUAUUAAUUUUCCAAGAUUUGAAAACUUUAUUGUCAUACUAACCGUACAUCAGCUCUGCAGGGCAGAAUGAGACAGCGUUUCUCAGGAGCAGUGCAAUCAUAACAUAACAAAAGCAACACUAAAUAAUAAACAUAACAAUAAAUAGUAAAACACAACAGCCACAUGUCAGUUAAAAUCAGUUAUAAGUGUCCAGUGCAAGUUAAAAGUGUCCAAAGCAGAGUCAGGUAGAGCAGCUAUUUAGCAGUCUGACUGCCUGUGGGAGGGAGCUGUUUAGUAGCCUUGUGGUUUUAGUUUUGAUGCUCCUGUAACGUUUGCCUGAUGGCAGAAGAACAAACAGUUCAUGCAGAGGGUGGGAGGGGUCAAUAAUAUGAGUGUGAUAUAUGAUAUUUCCGAUGUUAUCAAACAAGCUCAAUCAAGUAGAAUUUUUAAAAAAGCUGUGUAACUGUGACAUAAGCUGUAGGCCUGUAUCUUGAGAUUGGUUUGUUUCCAAAGACAUCUGGAGGAGCUCCAGUCAGCUGUGUGUGAGGAGAACAAAGCUAUCAGAAUUCCUGCACCUGACUGCCAUUCCCUGUUUUCCCAUUGUAUUGUGCAAGGACAUGAGUGUUGGGGAAAUGGCUUAAUCAGGCUCAAACCAGCUGCCCUUUUCAAGGUCAGUUUGUUUGCUUGCACGGUCUGCUUUUCUAUAUGAAAAAGGGCUGCAGAUGAGGUCACAGAGUCUGCCAUGGCCGCGCACUUCAUCAGCAGUCGGUCCACCAGACAAUGAAAGGAAGCAAAUUGUAUGGGAGAGGGAAAGAAAAGACAUGUAGUAAACACUUGGAAAGGAAAUGCCGACCUAAACUGGGUAAGGUGUUCCCUCUAUGCAAAUGCAACAUCACAAAUUUCAGAUUCAUAUCUAACUGAGGAACAUAUAAUUUGGCCUGAAUGUGACCUUGGGUAUUAUACUGUAGAGUUUAGCAGUUCAACAGCAUUUGAUGCAGCUAGAAUUCUUUCAUCAAAUGGAUGGAUUGUCUACCUUGUCCUGCUUACUGAAUCAUUAUGCUAUUGCUGAUGGUGGCUCGGCUCAAUGUUGCUAACUCUGGAGAAUUCUCAAGAAAAACUAAGCUAGAUUCAAGAGCAAAGUAUGAGCCCAAACUCUUGUGAUGAGCACAUUGUGCUUGGCAUUCGAACUUGGCUAGGCUUUCUAUUUUCAGAAAAGCUCUUCUAAGAAAGCUUUCAGUCUGUGGGGAGCAGGAGGGAGUUACUUUGCCUCAAUUGACGUCAGUCACUUUGAGUCCUGCAGACUCUUAUCUCACCAAUGGUUACUUUUCAGCACAUGAAGGGUGUCUUUUUGAUUACUGAGGGGGAUGGAGACAACCCUUCUGUGUCCACACAUGUACAUUUUGAGUGAGGGUCCAGAGAUGGAUACUACAAACCCUGGUUUCCCUCCUUUUGUGCGGGUAUAUUGAUAAAAUAGUAGCAGCCCUUUUACCACUUCUCUGAUGCUUGACUAAUACUUACAUUUAAUAUGGGCUGCUAACAUGAAAUUGCUCUGGCCCGUAUGAAGUGUUCCACCAUUUAUCAAGUGAGGCGGAAAGAAACCAGACAUAUUGGCAUAUUUAAACUCUGUUUAAUGAUUUGAAUUUGAGUAUAGUAUUUUCCUCUUUAUUAAAACGACAGUCAAAAAAUACUUUCCUCCUGUUUCAGCCUCUUUCUUUUUCUGAUUUCAUGGCCUUCAUAGUUUGCCAAGUUAAGUUCUCUAGACAGGUACCCUACUGCACCUUUAACAGCAGUCUUAUCUGUUCUCUCUCUCUCUGUCUCUCUGUUUCCUAACGACCAAUUAGGUGGCUCAGGCCCUGGGUGUGUGUCAACCCCAUGAUCAUUCCCAUUUUGUAUCUGAAUGUCCUUGAACAACAGAUAACAAAGCUCAUCCAUCAGUGAGGGAUUAGCGCAUUGUGGAGCUAUACGCCCACUCAUUUUCCCCUGCCGACAGGGGGCAAACAAAGUGGCGGAUGACAAGGGAUAUGACCUCAAAGAUGAGAACAGGUCUAUGUGCUUACUCUCAGCAAGUCCCAGUGGAAGAUGAAGGUUAAACGACAGCUGCCCUUGGUGGUAGCCAGACAGAUGACGAGCAAUGCUGUGAUCUCAUCAAAUUAAUGUGGUAUCAGAAGUAUUGGAGUUAGAGAUGCCCAGUACACAGCAGGUCUCUAUCGGCAAUACCGUUGUUCUGACCAGCCGGAUCAUCACAGGCCCAGCAAACCUCAAUAUCACCUCUGUGAUUUGGACCAAAGGAACAUCAGGAGUGAUCGUGAUGUAUUCCAGCAGCCAAAUUACAAUAGAACGUCAAUACCGAGACCGUAUUAGUUUCCUGCAUUCAAAGCCAACCAGGGAUGUCUCCAUAUAUAUCAACAACACCAAGUUAGCUGAUUCAGGUCACUACACUUGCACUGUAGUCUCUGCAAAACCUGGCUUAAUGAAAACAGGAAUAACCAACUUGUCUGUGCUGAUACCACCCUCCACUCCAAAAUGCAGUAUCGACGGAAGCAAAUUUGUUGGUCAUAAUGUGACCCUGACCUGUCAUUCAUCAAGUGGCAAACCAGUCCCCACCUACACUUGGCAACGGAUUAGUCCCAAGCCACAGUCUUUUAAUUUCCCUAUCCACAAUUCCCAAAUGGGAACUCUAAUAUUGAGGAACCUCACCAAGGAGAUGUCUGGAUUGUACACUUGCUCAUCCAUAAAUUUAGCGGGGAAUGCAUCAUGCUCUAUACAGAUGGAGGUGAUAACUUCCAAUAAUGCAUGGGUCAUCGCUGGGGCUGUGAUUGGGGCACUCCUUGGAAUAUGCUUGCUGGUCGCUAUCAUUGUUUUCUGCUGCACCUAUCGAAGCAAGAGGGCACCAGAAAAGGAGGAAAAUCUAGCCAAUGAGAUAAAAGAGGACGCCCAGUCACCAGUUGGAAACGUAUGGAUUAAGAAUGACCUAAUCUCCAAAAAUGGCACCCUGUCAUCUGCGAAUAGCACAAUGCGUAGCUACAAACCCUACCCCAACAAGCCACCAUCAUACGCUGCUUCAACUAUCACUGCAUUGGAUGCUGGCAGCACUGGAAGUUGCAACCGGCCAAAGCAUCCCCAAAAAUCAGAUUAUGCAAUGACAGUCAAUUCUCACCGCUCUAGUCCUUCAGCUAGGGAUAAUAGAGCUCAGCUGCAGGCACCAAAACAGGAACCCGCACUGCCCUCGAUGACUUCAUCCAAUCUUGCCAGAAUGGGGGCUGUGCCAGUGAUGGUGCCAGCCCAGAGUCAAGUCGGAUCUCUGGUCUAGGAGCAGCCUGGCAUGGAAAUGCUGAGUAAUUUUCCUCUGAUUACCAAAGAACAGGAUUCAGAUAAAAGCUAUUUUGUGGAGAAAUGUUACAGUACAAUAUACAAACGUUUGUAGAUUGUAAACUAUGAUGUGAAGUCUUACAACUGUUUUUUAAAAAUUUUGCAACUAAUAAUCUAAAGAGUCCAGGAGUAAAACAUUCAGUCGAUUGAUGAGCAGGAGGACAUUUUUACCUUGUUAUUCUACUAACAUUUCAAAGAAAAUAGUUUCUCAAGUCUGAAUCUUUAUAAUCUUAGCUCUGGUUCCGGUUGUUCUCAUCUUAUCCUGACACCUAACUAGUGAUCCCAAAACAUCUCAAUUCAAUAUAUAGCUUGUUUUAAAGAAAAUUUGGUCACAAUUUUAGCUCUGCCCAUAAAAGGUACUGAAAAAGUGCAUUCAAUGAGGAGAAAUUCAGACUGGUUUAACACAAGAAAGACGUGGCUACUGUUUUACAUCAUAGUAUCUCUUUCUUUGAGUCAGUUAACAUUUUCUCCUUUGUAACAUUAUUUCUCUCGUCCUAUGUUAUGAACUAACAGCAUGACAACCAGGAUCUAAUGAACUUGCCAGUGCCACUUCUCUUUGGGUUGAAGCCAUCAUUGGCUGUAGAAGGCUGAGAGAUGAUUAGAUCAAAGCGAUUUAAAAAAAUGGGUUGAAGACCCUACAGUACAGUUAAAGGAAAAGCUAUUUCUUGCAGUAGAAAUUGAGAACAAGGCAAUAUAAUUUCACUGUUGAACCAAAUUGGGAAGUUCUUUGAUAUACAAAGGUGUAUGAAUCAGGAAAUACCUCUCUACAUUGGGGCAAUUGAUCUUUUAAAACAGUGUUUAGUCAAUUGUAGUUGCAAAGUGGGGUUGGGUUCAGACCAAAAUGAACAGUAGAGUCAAUUUGAGGACUAAUUGGUGUACUGUUCUCACUUGUGAGGUUUAACCAUCUGAAUGUGGAGAGCAGCCAGUUUCAAUUGCAUUGGCUGCCUUCAGAGGGAGAUAUAAAUUUUGGGAAUCGGAGCAUGAAAUGGAAGAAUAUUGACAUCAGUCUUGAGAAAGUCAUGGAAUGUGGAUCACUGGUCACGCUUCAUCUUGUGGCUUGGGACUACCUUGCUGGUUCAUGUAAGUUUUCAUGAAUUUAAUUAUUCAGCUACACCGCAGUCUGUGUUGGAAAAUAUAAUAUCUGGUAUAAGCAGAGUGCAUAGUAGACCCUGCUAGUCCAAUUAAACAAAGUAUUUUGAGAUGUUUGGAAUAGCAAAUUGCUUAUCUGCCAUUACUCAGGAAAUGCAGUGAUAGUUAAAGAAAUAACUGAGAUUUCUUAAUGAAUGUAUUUCUACAAGGAAUAACAAAGCAACACUGGAAAAUUAUAUAAAUGGGAACGUUUUAAGCAUCAUCCACGAUGAACCAAGAAAUAGAUAAGAGGAAGAAAACAGAACUUGACGGUAAAUUAAUUAGAAUAAAAUAAACCAAAUACAUAAACAGAAAGUCAUUAGCAUAAGCUAACAUUAAAAGGCAGAUGCAGGAAAAAUGACAACAGGGAAUAAGGAAAUGGCAGAAACACUAAAGCAAAUAUAUUGCAUUCAUUUUCACAGUAAAAUGCACAGAAUUUAUCGUGGCGGGGAGUGGGAUGGGGGAUCAGAAGUCUGAUGAGACUGAGAAAUAUAACAUAAUAAAUAUUAGAAAAGAAAAAAAAAUCAAAUUACAAACAACAAAUUCAUUAGUCUUGAUGUCAUACAUCCAAAGAGUUUAAGUACACAGACAGCAGCUAUGUUGAUUUUAUUUCUUCCCAAUUCACCAAACUCAGGGUUGGCCCCAUGCAUUGGAAGGCAGCAAAUGCUCAAGGAAGGAGAGAGAACAACAAUGGAGAGUAAUAAACAAGUUAGUCUAACAUCACCAAAGGGAGAACACUAACACCAGAAUCCAUUAUUAAGGCGGGUUCCUGGCACUUCGGCAAUCAAUAUAUUAUUCAGAAUCAGCUCGCCAUUAUGGAAAAAGUAAUUGAGUAGGCAAAUCUACCCAUUGUUUGAGGAUGAAACUAAUAGGGUACAACCAACAAAUUUUUGGAAAGUACUUUGUUAAUGUGCCAAUAAUUGGUUAUUACACAAGUCUCUGCUGCCUUGCAGCCAUACUCGCCCACUGGAAAGGCUUCGGGAGUAAACCUUGAGGAAGAAAUUUGGAGCUGGGGUCCCUAAGGCAAUUUGAUGUUGUUUACAACUUCACUCUGGCACCCUCUGCGAUGACACUAGUGCUAAGCUGUAUCGGCGCUUGCCCUUCCCUGGGACUACAUUAGUGAUGUGGAGAGGGGAAGCCCGCUGCAUGGGCAACAGCCAGUUCUUCAAAUCUUCCCGCCUGGACACAGUCCACCAGUGGUGCAAACCCAUGAUCCCCUGGGAUCGACGGCUGCCUGCUACUACUACACAAGACUCAUGGGAGUUGGGUAAUAUAUAAGCAAGGACUGGUUAAUGGAAAGAGGGUUAAGAGAAUAAGGUCAAUUACAAUAUAGCAAUGUGAAAGUAGCUAAUUUCUUCAAGGAUCGACCCUUGGGCCUAAGCCAUUUAGAAAACUAUUGUGAACAACCCAAUGAUACAAAGCUUGGUGGGAAAGUAAGUUUUAUUGAGAUUAGUAAGUAUUGAGAUUCAGAUGGAGUUGGAGCAUUCUUACUUGAAACUGAGAAAGUAAACAUCCAUGCACAGCAAGCGAUUAGGAAAGUAAAUAGUCUUAAGACCUGAUGCUGCGUCCUCUUCAUCCCGGGAACCACUCCAGAGAUCUCAGGACUGCAGGAUAAAUACUGUGCCUUGAAAACCUUUCAUAAAUAUGGUGUUCAUAUGUUGAAUAUUUGUGUAUUAUGUGUGCAUUGAUCUUUAUUGGAAGGUGCUACAGUUAUGGUCGUGGCAGGGUUCCAUUCCCUCUCUUUCCAGUCCUGUUAACGGGUCUUAGCCUGGAAUAUUGACAGUUCAUUUCCCUCCACAGAUGAUGCCUGACUCAUUGAGUUCCUCCAGCAUUUUAUUUCUGUUGAUCCACAUUUCCAGCAUCUGUGGUCUCUAAUGUUUCAGGACUUGAGAUAGGGUCUCAAUCCAAAGAGUCAACUGUUUAUUCCUCUCCAUUGAUUCUGCCUGACUGGCUGAGUUCCUCUAGCAUUUUGGCUGUGUAAGUCAACCUGACAGAAGACUUGCAUACAUAAACCUAUUUGUCCCAAUGCUGCACUUAUUCCUUUCAGCUGAUUUCCACUAGAGAAAGCCUUGAGAUUUAAGGAACAUUGCCACAUUGAUCUCUUGCUAAUGACAGGACAAGGGUAUAAAGUGUGUCAGUACUGAUGCUUAUCUCCUGCAUUUCCUCAGCUCUUCUAGUCAAUGGGGAUUUGCUUCCUAGCCAAACAAAUAAUAUCUUCAAAUAAUUAUGCAUUUACAGUAUGUUUGGAAAUUGUUUAUUACUUAUAAUUGUGUUUUACAUGGUAUCUGAUUUGUCCUUUAGAAUGUUUUUGGCUUGCUAUUUCCCAUUUCCCCUAGGCUCCCAGUAAUUCUAAAAACUUUUUUUGUUAAAUAAGAAAUAUUUUCAUGAAGUCACAGGUUGGGAUCUGUCAGAAGCUAGAGACAUGGGUGGGGGAUGAAAUGAGAAGCUGGGAGAUGAUAGAAUCUGAUUGGAGAGGGCAGUAGACCAUGGGAGAAAGAGGGGGGGGGUACCAGCUGGAGGUAGUGGGCAGGUGAGAAGAAGAGAAGGGAUAAGAAUAGAAUGGGGAAGGUGGGGAGCAGAAAAAUGUUGACUAAUUAUUCCUCUCUAUAGAUGCUGCCUAUCCUGCUGAGUUCCUCCAUGUGUUGCUCUAUCAUCAGCAUCUUUGUUCAGAUAUCCCAAGGUCCACUCUGAGGUAAUCCCGUCUUUCAAAGGGGAGCACAACCCUUGUCCAGUGUCUGUGUAGAUCUGAAAUUCAGAUGUAUAAUCUCUAUAGUUUUCCCAAUAUUAACAUCAUUUCAUGCUCCAAUUUCUUAAGUACACAAUUUCCAAGCUGAAAGGUGGUGUGGUUAGGUAUAAUCAUUGAAAUAAUGUAGGUCAACGUGGGACAUCCUGAUUGCUAACCAUUUUAAUUCCCUUUCCCAUUCCCAUAUUGUCUGUUCUUCGGUUCGUCCACUACCAGGGUGAGGCAAACUGGAGGAGCAGCACUUCAUAUUCUAUGCCUUCGUUAGAAGGUAGAACAGUACACCAUAGGAACCUUUGUCACACUACAUAUGCACCAACCACCAUGCCAAAUUAGACUAAUCCCAGCCGCCUGCCAGUUUCCUGUCUGUUCAUGUGUUUGUCUAAAUGCCUCCUAAAUGUUAAUAUUGUGUCUGCUUCCAAUCCGUGGCAGUGUGUUUCUGGCACCUACCACUUCCUGUGUUUAAAAACAAGCAUUUCAGCUCUUCUUUAAACUUUCUCUCAUGUUAAAGGCUAUCUCUGUUUGUCACAUAUACAUUGCAACAUGGAAACAUACAGUGUAAUGCGCUGAUAUGCGUCAAUGACCAGGACAAUCUGAGGAUGUGAAGAUGUGCUGGGGGCAACCCACCAGUGCCAGCACGCUUCCAGUGCCAACUUUGCAUGCCCACAGCUGACUUAACCCUAACCCAUACAUCCUUGGAGUAGGGGAGGAAACUGGAACCCCACACGGUCACAGGGUGUAUGUACAAAUUCCUUACAGACGCCGGCGGGAAUUGAACCCGGAUCGGUGUUUGCUGGUUCUGUAAAGCGAUGCACUAACUGCUAUACUACAAUGCCCUCCAGCAUUUGAAAUUUCCAACGUGCGAGGAAGUCUCUGUCUAUCCAUCCUAUCUAUGCCUCUCAUAAACACAAAAGAUUCUGCAGAUGCUGGAAAUCAAGAGAGACCUUUCAUCAGUCCUGCAUUUUGUAUGUGUUGCAAUGCCUCUCAUAAUUUUAUAUACUCCUAUCAGGUCAUCUCUCAGCCUGUGAUGCUCCACAGAAAACAGCACAGGUUUAUCCAAACUCUCCUUGUAUCUAAUAGACUUCAUUCCAAGCAACAUCCUAAAGAACCCCUUCUGCUUCCUUUUCAAAGCCUUCACAACACUCCUGUGGUAAUUUGUCUCUUUUGAAAGUGCUCUUCAUGCUCUGUAUCCACAAUCUUGUAAAUCUUCCCAUUUGAUUAGAUGUCCAAGCUUCUUUCAAAAUAUUCAGUUACAUCUGAUUCCACCUAACUUUCAGAAUUUAUAUUAUAUAAGAAAUUAAAAUAUCUCAGCUUGCUAAAAUCAAUGUCUUCAGCUUAGCACUUGUACAAAUGAAAAUUGUCUCGGCUUCCAUAAAUCAAUGAAAAUCUUCAUGUUUAGAAUCCUUUCCUUCAAGAGUGGCAUGGUGGCGUAGUGGUUAACGCUACGCUUUACAGUGCAGGAGACCCGACUUCAAUUCCUACCACUGCCUGUAAGGAGUUUGUAUGUUCUUCCUACAUUUUCCCUGGGUGCUUCGGUUUCCUCCCACAGUCCAAAGAUGUACCCGUUGGUAGGUCAUUGUAAAUUAUCCUGUGAUUAGGCCAGGAUUAAAUCGGCAGCUUGCUGGGUGGUGUGGCUCAAAGGGCCAGAAGGGCCUAUUCUGCGCUGAAUCCAAAUAAAUUAAUCUCCUUAUUUGCCUCUUCUUGACGAGAAUAGAGUCUUUACCCUGUCGAUAUAAAUAUAUGUUAUUGAUUCACCUCCCCAAGACAUAUGAAUGUCUUCACAGGUACAAACUUCAACAUAUUGCAGGAAAUUCCCCUUUAAUUCUACAUGGCUAUGAAGCAGGCUCCAAGGACAAUACAAUUAUAAGAGUCUCCUGAUUUCCAGCUUUAUCUUGUCAUCAACCAUUUAUAACUUAUGGAGUUGAACAUUAAUACAGGUUUCCCAACAGCUGAAGAUGUAGAGUUGGGACGCACUUCGAUAAAAUGAGUGAUUUGAUGUUUUCCUCUCUGAUAUUAGGAUUUAUUGAAAAUCUGAAUUACUAAAUACCAUCACUUGUUUAAAAUGUGUAGCUCUUUUGGGCUUAAGUUUAACUUUAAGAUAUGUGUAUACAGCUUGCGUAUAAUGUUGGCUUCAGAAACUGAACUCAACCCAAAAAACAUGCACAUUAAGGAAAGACCUAAAAAGCAUUUUGGUCUUAAUCUGGAAGGACAUUUCAGUAUUCUACAUGUGUUCACUCUGCACACAUUUUUUGAUGAGAGGAGUGAUUAUGAGAAUUUGGAAUAUUGUGCAUUUAUUUUAACUAACUCUUGCAAGAUAGAUAAUGAGUACUAAAUGGUCUGUAUGAUUCCAACAGGAGGAUAAUCCCUAUUUGGGAGGAUAAUCCCUAUUUAAUAGGAUGAAAAGUCCUUACUAGAUGUGACGCCAACAACCUGUGUUAAUAUACUCACUCAUUAACAUGCAAAGCCAUUAAACAUUAAUAUGUAAAGACAUUAUCAUAGCAUGGUUUGCUGUCUCUAACAGGGGCAGGAACUAAAUGUGACUGUGAAGGACUAAUACUUUGCUGUCUAGUUAAGUAAGACUGCAUUUCAGUUGACGGUUGGUUAGGCAGAGCGCAUAUUCCCUAGUGUUCUGAAGAUUGCUUUUUACUAAAGCAGAACCUUAGGAUAAUGAAGAACAAGAGUCUCUAGAGACCAUGAGAUCCAUCAAAAUUGUCACUUCUAAAUUUAAAUGAUGGAGUCUUACAGUUUAGAGAAGAUCUCAGGACCCAUCAUACCUUUUGGAAGAGCUGCUCGCUCUCUAUUCAGAAGGCUGCAUUUAAUUCUUCCCAUUUUAUUAUUGUGUAAACAAGUUACUUUCUAAAUGUUCUGUUGCAUCAGAUUCCACUAUCCUUUCAGCCUAUUAGGAAACAAAAUUAACUGGGUGGGAAGAGUUUUGUUGUCCAUUUAGCACAUCACUGCUGAUACUGAGGAUAGAGAGGCAUAGGGAGUCUUGAAUCUUCAAGUAUAGUGAAGGGGAGAGAAGUAUGUAAAUAUUGCAAACUGCAGAUGUCUGCAGAUAAUGUGAUGAGUAAUGAUUUCCUACAAAUUGUUAAUAGUAAGUUCAACACUUAAGAACUUUUGUUUUCUUCAAUCCUGAGCUUGAGCUUUCUUGCAUUUGGAAAUUAAAGACAAUAUAAUAGUAGAUGAUUUUCGGGGUUAUAUGCCUUGGUGGAGUGGAACAGUUCACUUCUCUUUGUGCUUAUAGUUACAUACAUGGAAGUUACUUUGGAGACAUCUGUUGCCUAAAUUAGUCCAUGGUUGUGGUUUUGUCUUUAACAUGGGCUAGCUCUCUGAAACUUCAUGCUUUUCCUCUUCCCACAUUUCCUAGAUCUUUACAUUCCUUUUCCUUUCAACUACCUACCUAAUCUAAUAGAUGACGUGGCCCCUGUUUUACUUACUAACUUUAGUGAUAAUCACAUUCCACAAAUACUCAUCACCUAUGUUAUUUUGAAUCCUUUGAAUGUGCUUGACUGAUUCCAGGAAGCUGUCAUUCAUUUCCUAUGCUAGCAGAGAUUAGGUACAAAUCGACAAGAAAAAGUAUUUUUUAAAUGAGUGGUCUAUGUACAGUACCCAGAGUGGAGUAUCCACCUGUACUGAGGGACAGGAUAUCUCCAAAUUCCUGGAGAAAGACUUUUAAUUCAGAUACAGUAGCCUCAUACUGUGUUAAUUUUGUACAUCACUGUGCUUUCCAGUAAAAAGUUGUAAUGUUUAUUGCUCAUCGUAAGAUCAUUCAUUUUAGAAAUUGUUCAGCAAUGUUUUUUUGUCUGUUAGUACCUCAGGACCAGGGACUUGUUACUUUAAUAUAAUUGCUAUCUUAAUCCCAGACAAAUAAAACAGGCAGGAAACCUACUUGUGACCCUGCCAGACAGAGUCUUGUUUCUGUAAGACUGCUCCUUUGGUCUUGACUAAAAUCUUUACAACAAUUUUAAUUGUAAAUCAAGGACUGAAAUCUGUGGUACAGGAUAAUUUGAAAAGGGAUAAAGUAAAUUAAUGUGAAUGUAUUGUGCCAAGUUUCAAAAGUGAGGGAACCAAGGAAUCAAGGAAGACGUGUCCCACAAUUGUAAGAAGCCAAAGAACUAUUUACUGUAGGUUCACUGACUAACAUUUUUUAGAUCAAACAGACUGGCUAACUUUAUGAUAUGUACAGCUCAAACAGAGUGGGUUGUGGAAUGCCACGGUAGUUCGAUGGGGAAAGACUAACCUUGCACAACAAGUCCGUGGAUGACACUGUUAGCCUGAGGCUGACCACAGAACAGUGAUAGACAUCUGAUGCACUCUGCUUACACUGAUACCUGAUGACAUUAUUACAUAUGAUAAGGAUGGAUUUUACCUCACACUGCAUGCAAUGAGUGUUACAAAUUGUAAUUUUGCUUUUAUCAAUAGUUUUGUUUUUGUAUUGAUACUUGUAUUUAAUGGAAAACGCUUUAGCUCAACCUGGCUGAAGUCAACAGGGAUGCAUCUUUGUUAUUCUGACAUUACCAGGCUUCUCUAGAAAUGGAUAAGAAUGAUUUGUAUCAACAUUUUUUUGGAAUUUUAUUCGCGGGUUGGAUUAUUUGUUCAGUCUAUAUUAAUAAACUCUGAACUACAU